GUUGUUCCCAUAAGCUUCCACUUUAUUAUAACACCACUAACAGCUGACAGUAGAAUAUUUAGUAGCAAGGAUAUUUCAAGGAUAGACUUAUUGCACAGGUGUGGCAACCUAUCAUUGUACCACGCUUGAUUUCACUGAGCUCCUGAGAGCGACCUAAUCUUCCACAAAUGUUUGUAGAAGCAGUCUGCAUGCCUAGGUGCUUGAUUUUGUACACCUAUGGCCAUGAAGGUGAUUUUUAACACCUGAAUCCAAUGAUUUGGAGGGUGAUUGGAACACCUAAAUCCAAUGAUUUGGAGGGG